CUCCCUGCACCGCCACCCCCUCUAGAUCUGCAUCCAUUCGUGCCAGACCAUAUCAAAUCCUCCGGAUCCAAUCGACAUCAGGACAAUCAUAAUUCUACGAAAAUGGCCGCGGCAGUCGACGUGAAACAGCUUGCCGAGGAGUGGUUGCGACUGGACAAAGACGAAGCGACAAGAGAUGAGAUAUACAGGCUGCUUAACCAGGGCAAUCACGAUGAGCUAGGAAAACGACUCCGCAAUCGCAUCGCUUUCGGAACCGCUGGUUUACGAGGCCCCAUGCAAGCGGGAUUCGCGUGCAUGAACUCAUUGACUGUGAUUCAAGCAUCUCAAGGUCUAGCAGCAUACCUCCUAAAGACUGAGCAGCACGCCAAACGCAGGGGCGUUGUCAUUGGCCGCGAUGCCCGCCAUAACUCCGAGAAGUUUGCCAAAUUGACUGCUGCAGCUUUCGUUGCCAAAGGGAUCAAAGUUUGGUGGUACGAUAUCCCGACUCAUACCCCUCUGGUCCCAUUCGGCGUGAGGGAGUUGGACGCAGUUGCUGGCAUUAUGAUUACGGCAAGUCACAACCCGGCCCGUGAUAACGGCUACAAAGUGUACUGGUCCAAUGGCUGCCAAAUCAUCCCGCCGCACGACACUGGCAUUGCGAACGCUAUUUUAGAAAACUUGGAGCCAGUCAGCUGGGAUACUUCCGUGGUAGAUAGCCCAACUCUGCUGAUUGAAGGCUCGCUAGGUCUGGUACAAGACAAAUACCACAAGGCCAUCUGCACAGCAGCACAGCCAGGUGAACAACCAGGAAACCUUGGUCCAGGACUAAGAUUCGUGUAUACGCCCAUGCAUGGUGUCGGCCUUCCAGCGAUGGAGCGAUGUGCACAAGAUCUGGGGCUUGCGUCUCAGAUGAUUGUGGUAGAUGCUCAAGCGAAACCUGAUCCCGAUUUUCCAACUGUCAAGUUCCCGAAUCCAGAGGAAAAGGGGGCCUUGGAUCUAGCCAUGGCAACAGCUGAUGCGGCUUCGGUAACAUUGAUACUAGCUAGCGAUCCUGAUGCUGACCGACUUGCUGCAGCGGAAAAGGCAUCCGACUCGUGGCAUAUCUUCACCGGCAAUGAACUCGGCAUCCUAAUCGGCUCCUAUCUAUUCGAAAGAUAUCCGCAGUCGAAACCUCGGGACAAAGUGGCCAUGCUGGCAUCGACAGUCAGCUCUCGCAUGCUUCAUGCCCUCGCUGAAAAGGAGGGCUUCCAUUUUACCGAAACCCUGACGGGAUUCAAGUGGCUCGGAAACGUAGCGAGGGACCUGGACAAACAGGGCUACGAUGUAAUUUACGCCUACGAAGAAGCACUGGGCUACAUGAUACCGCAGACGGUCCACGACAAGGAUUCGAUAAGUGCCGCGGCAGUGUUCUUGACAGCAGUGUCGCACUGGAAAGGGCAAGGUCUGACGCCCUACGGUAAACUGCAAAAGAUAUACGAGCACAUUGGUUACUUCGAGGAUGCGAACACGUACCUCAUAUCCCCAUCCCCAGCUAUCACGACGGGCGUGUUUACGGAGAUUCGUGGACUGGGCGACCCGCACCCAACGCACAUCGGGACACGUAAGAUUGUGCGAUGGCGAGAUCUAACGGUGGGGUAUGACUCCAAAAGCAAAGACCACGUACCGGAUUUACCUGUUGACGCAAGCGCUCAAAUGAUCACCUGCGAACUUGAUGAUGGGGCGAGGUUCACGGUCCGCGGAUCUGGCACGGAACCCAAGAUCAAGCUGUAUAUUGAAAGUUCGGGAAAGAGCAGCAAAGAGGCCAAAGAUGGGGCGAAGGAGAUACAAGCCGAUUUGCUCAGAGAGUGGUUCAAGCCUGAAAAGAACGGGUUGGUUCUUGCGUGA